AACCGGAGGACGGAAACGAUCAUACGACGGGUGAGGUCCAAUGUCCUGCAGACAAGGAGGCGAUGGCGGGCCGAGAUAACUUCCAGAAAAAUCUCAUUCAUCCAUCAUCAAGAUAAAUUUCAAUCAUUGCAACACCACUUAGCAACUGUUGUGUGUGGCAGUCGACAACAGAAGCAAUGUGCGAUGUGGCCAUUAUUGCUGAACCGUAUUGGAUGUGGAUCCCUUCUGACAACGACAUCUGGGUGGAGGACUCAACGGGGAUUUCAGCGAUGCAAAUGAUGGGCAGAUUUCCUACCUUAGAGUAGGCAGCUUGAGCGAAGGUUUAGUAACUGCCAAAAUAUACGGGAUCUUUGUGUGCAUGCGCAUGCGCCCACAAAGUGAGCAAUUGAGCAGUAUAACCGUAUGUUAAACGCACACACGAUCGGCAGAAAAUCGGUAAUCAUCGGAGGCGAUUUCAACGCUUGGGCUGUUGUGUAAGGAAGCAUACUGACUAACGCCAGAGGUUAUAGUUUGCUGAAGGCGCUGGUAAAGCUGGAAGUCAGAUUGGGCAACGAAGCUAACGUUAGUACAUUUCGCAGAUAUAACUGGGCGUGACGUUCUGCAGUCCGUCGCUGGUGAGGAACAUGAACUAGAGAGUUUGUGAUAGCAUACCCAUAGCUUUCACCAGGUGUUCCGGUAUAGUGUUGGAACAUGAACGCCUACGGUACGACAAAAGAUAAGGACUAGUGGGUGAAGAUGCAAGAUGAAGGACUUCGACAAGGAUCUUUUUAUCGAGCCACUACAAGCAGAUACUUACUUACUUAUGGGUCCGGUACACCUCCGGUGGUGCAAAGGGCCGACUUGAAGGAUCUCCAUCCUAAGCGAUGUCCAGCUAUCGCUUUAACCUGUUGCCAGAAUCUUCUUCAUCGAGAAGCCAGAAAAGCCUUUCUCUGAAUAAAUAGUUUCUCGUAUCACUCUACCGGUUGGAAAGCUAUUCAUCAACAAAUGGAAUAUUUACGAUAAAAUUGUUAUACAUUCCCGAGAUGUCAAAAUACAUAUGUACCUUGCGGAUUGAGAAGAUAGCUUCACCGUAUAUUUUAGUUUUGUCGAAUAAAAUCAGAUACCAUGCGGUGAGGUGAGCGCGGAAUGAAUUGGCUGCUAGCCGAAGCCAUCGGAGUAGCCUCCUAUAACCACGUUUGACAGUUCCCGCUAGCUUGCGUAUAGAUCGCUGUAUUUUGUACACAAAUAUAUUUUUAUACAAUUCAAUGCCUCUUGAAAACCAAGAUCAAGAUGACCGCAACUUAUAUCACAGCUUGGAUAGAGAAUAUAAGCAAUCGCUAAAGGUUUUGAAGAAGUAUAUUCUUCUACUUCGUGAGUCAUCCGAAAUCCAUAUUUGCAUCCAGUGGAUAACGCGACUCAAUCAAUCUUCACAAGGCGAAAAAUGUCACCGAAACAAUCUGCUCAAGCUAUUGAUCGAUCAGCUUGCCGAAUGCAAUCUAAAUUAUCCGUUCACCUAUCCAAAGAAUUUGGAAAUGUCGUUGCGGUCGAUAGAUAUGGAAGUUCAGCAACUGUCCCAAGCGGAGUGCUCUAGCGAACCUAACAACACCGGUGAAUGCAGUGAACUCAAUGACAUCUUCGCCAACUUGAAACUGUUAUUAUCGGAUGCCGAAACGAUGAAUCUCAAAGUAGAGGAAGAUCUGCAGUCCAUCCGGAGCGAAGCGCUGUCGGUUAACUCGGAAAAGAAUCUGGAGUACAACCUGUGGCUGGGAACGGAAUUAAAGCACCUACUUUCGGAGGAAAUUCCGAGACUCGUUGAAGCUCCGCAUCGGAAAGUAUCCGUCCAAUGUAACGAUCGCUUGAGGGAGGAAGAUUGCGACUGGAUGAAUGAAUCUAUCGAGAGGAUUAGACAAUCGGUUUUGAACAAAUUUCCGGUGGUUCAAGAAAAAGCCUCCAAAGCGGUGCAAACUCGGCGAAAAGGUAAAAUGGACGACAAAAUUGAGCAAAUAUUUUGUCGAUUUUAUACCGAUUGUAUGCUGAAAGAUCGUGCCCAGAUGAUUCAAGCGAAAGUAAAGGAAGGUGUAAGUCGGAUAGAGCAGUCUCGAGUGUUUGAGCACAUGUGUUUGGACAAAAACCGAUUAGCUAUGUAGCGAACAUAUCAUCUAUAAAUUUUGAUAAUAAAAGUAAAACCU